UUUACAUGUUUUUUUUAAUAAAGAUAAAAUAUUAAAAAAUUUUACUAUUGGAUAGUUUUUUAAAUGUUUAAAGAUAAAAAUAAAAUAGUAAUUUUGGUGUUUUUGAUUCAUUUGUCAAUUUGCUUUGGUUAUCAUGUUAAAACUUCAUAUGGAAAAAUAGUUGUUGAUUUUACUGGAUUAUAUGACCGUGUUCCACUUAAUAUAACCAUUUAUAAAGAUCCAUAUUUAAAAAUUCCAUAUUUAAAUCUUAAUUUUACCUGGUCUAAAUUCUCCGAUCCCGAGUUUCAUAAUUAUAUUUUUGACAGAAUUACCUAUGUAGCAACUAUGGAUAGUAAAAAAUACUAUGGGUCCGCAGCAAGUGCUUGUGUACUUGAUGGUACAACAAAUAAAACCGAAUGUGGCUUUCAGGCAUACUCCAUAAAAAGAUGUUUGUUUCCUCCAUACAAUGUAACAUUUUUAAAUAAACCUCCAACAAAGGGUGGGGUUAUUAAUGUAACUGGAGAGUUCAUGAGAUUGGGAAUUAAUGAUUUAAAAGUGGCACUUUUUAAAUCAAAAGAUUUUUAUCAAAAUGUAACUGUUGCUGGUGAAUAUGAUGAUCCAAACUAUAAUCCAAACUUUCUAUCAAUUACUUUUCCACCAGGUUAUGGUAAAUUUAAAUUUUGUUUAGAUUCCGAUGAACAAAAUUGCUAUGACUUGUCAUUUCAAAGUCCAUUGAUCUCAUCAGUAUAUUAUAAUACCACAAAUAACCAUCUGACAAUUAAAGGUGAUAAUUUUUAUAAUUCCAAAUAUGGAGUUAGAGAGAGAACCAUAGUAUAUGUAUAUAUAAAUGGUUCAUCUUUAAAAGAAAGUGAUAUCACAUCAAUUGGUUAUGAAGAAAUGGUAUUAAGCUAUUCAUCAAUAUACACUCAAGAACUAAAUAUUUCAAUUAAUAUUGAUUCGCUUUAUACAAAUAAUACAAUACAAAUACCACCAUACCCAGCCUCAUAUUCCACAAAUGCUACAAAGUAUAAUGAAGGUAUUGUUGAAAUUACUGGUACACAACUUUUAUCACGAAAAGACCAAAACGAUCUUAAUAUCACAAUUUUUCGGCAAAUUAUGUAACUUUAUUCCACCUAGC